UCGGAUGUGAGCGGAGUCUGCGCGGAACAACCUCUGCAUCCCAGCAACCCAUCACCUGCCCCUCUGCCGGUUUUAGUUUCAGCACUGCUGCAUUCUUUACGCUUACUACGUUAUAGCACAUAACCCGCCGUCAUGGCUGAUGCAGCUGUGUCUUUCGCAAAGGACUUUUUGGCUGGUGGAGUCGCCGCUGCAAUCUCUAAAACGGCAGUUGCACCAAUUGAGAGAGUGAAAUUGCUACUGCAGGUUCAACAUGCCAGCAAGCAAAUCGCCGCCGACCAGCAGUACAAAGGAAUUAUGGACUGUGUCGUGCGUAUCCCUAAAGAACAAGGCUUUGUGUCUUUCUGGCGCGGUAAUAUGGCCAAUGUCAUCCGCUACUUUCCUACACAGGCCCUCAACUUCGCUUUCAAGGAUAAGUACAAGAAGAUUUUCCUCGGCGGUGUAGACAAACACACACAAUUCUGGCGUUAUUUUGCCGGUAACCUUGCGUCCGGAGGGGCUGCGGGAGCGACCUCUCUCUGUUUCGUGUACCCACUCGACUUUGCCCGUACCCGCUUGGCUGCCGAUGUGGGCAAGGCCGGAGCCGGCAGGGAGUUCAGUGGCCUGGGUGACUGCUUGGUGAAGAUAUCUAAAUCAGACGGGAUCAAGGGCCUGUACCAGGGAUUCAGCGUUUCCGUGCAGGGCAUCAUCAUUUACAGGGCAGCCUACUUUGGCGUCUAUGACACAGCGAAAGGUAUGCUUCCAGACCCCAAGAACACUCACAUUAUGGUUAGCUGGAUGAUUGCCCAGUCUGUCACUGCGGUCGCUGGUCUUGUCUCCUACCCCUUCGACACGGUCAGGCGUCGUAUGAUGAUGCAGUCAGGACGCAAAGGAGCUGACAUUAUGUACACUGGGACUCUGGACUGCUGGAGGAAGAUCGCCCGCGAUGAGGGCGGCAAGGCCUUCUUCAAAGGCGCCCUGUCUAACGUCCUGCGAGGCAUGGGCGGUGCAUUCGUGCUGGUGCUCUAUGACGAGAUCAAGAAGUAUACUUAAGUGUCACCUGAUGCACCCCCCCUCCCUUCUCCCCCGAUACCCCCUGCCAACCCAACCCAACCCACUCGGUAAGGAAGGGAAGAGGGGGUUUAUAUUAAAUCAUAAUCACUAUGAUCAAGUACAGUAUGUAGAGUAGCUGUAACCACUUAAAGUUUAUGAAGCUUUGACCAAACCCCCAUCCUCCCAACGAAGAAUGUGUGGGGUCUAGGUUAUAUCUAGUGCUAGAGGACAGAUGUUUGACCAAGCCCUCCAGUUAUUUAUCUGUGUACUUGUCAAUUUAAACACGGUGUAAUUUUAUUGCAAUAUUUGUUUGUCUGUUCAUCUGUCUGAUUGCACUGAUAAUGCAUUUAUUUUUGUUUCUCAACAUGACCCCGCCAAAAUUAUAAUAAAAAAUGUUGGGAAA